UGUGUGUGUGAGACGGCCAUUUGGGUGAGACGUCUGUACGUGGAGGCUGGUGUGGUUGGGGGAAUGAAGUGGUUGUCGGAUGUGGUGCACUCGUUGGGCCUCAAAUUUGGCAUCUACUUGGACUUUGGGACGAAGACGUGUGCCGGAUUUCCAGGUAGUUUGGACUACCUUGAAGUGGACGCGGCCACUAUGGUUGAUUGGGGUGUCGACUACAUCAAAAUGGACGGCUGCUGCAGUGGUCUGGAGGUCGGGAAGCAGUUUUUAUCCGACUCCAAUGGCGGUCUGGUACUUAGUUUCCUUCACCUCAGAACAGAAUCUCUCAAACGCAUUGUCUUGAGCCUCAAAGAUGCUGACAUCCUCAUUGUGGGACUCUUUAAUCUCACAAAUGCCUUUUCAGGCAUCGAUGUUUUCAUCAUAAACACCACUGAACCCUUCAUGGUGCGUGUCAAUCCCAGUUGGAUUGCCAUGCCUAUCAUGCAACUCUUGUCUUAG